AUGUCCUCUCUAAAGCGUAUCACCAAGGAGCUUAAUGAUUUGGGAAGAGACCCCCCAACCUCCUGUUCUGCUGGCCCAGUAGGCGAUGACGUAUAUCACUGGCAAGCUUCCAUCAUGGGUCCUCCAGACUCCCCAUACGCCGGUGGUGUCUUUUUCCUUUCGAUCCAUUUCCCAACAGAUUACCCUUUCAAGCCUCCAAAGAUCUCCUUCACCACUAAGAUCUACCACCCAAAUAUCAACUCCAACGGUAACAUCUGUCUAGAUAUCCUAAAAGACCAGUGGUCCCCAGCUUUGACCAUCUCGAAAGUCUUGCUAUCCAUCUGCUCGCUUCUAACAGAUGCCAACCCAGACGAUCCAUUGGUCCCUGAAAUCGCUCAUCUAUACAAGACCGAUAGAGCUAAGUACGAGGCCACCGCAAAGGAGUGGACCAAAAAAUACGCUAUCUAG